AUGGUGAAUAGCGACGAGCUCAAGCGCGCCGAAACAGGCCUACGAAUAGCGCAGCUUAAGUUCAAACAAGCGCUCAAGCGCGAAGACAACUCGGGUCAACCGCUCCCAUCCGUCUCCCUCGAGUCCAGCACAAGCUUUUGCGACGACAUCGAUGCGGUGCUCCGGCGGAACACGACGGACAACGUCCAGACUUGCAAGAAUUGGAUAGUUAAGCACAUAGCUCCUUCAAAAGCCCGCAUUGCAAUACUGGGUGAAUACUUGGUAGCCGUCUCCAAGUCAAUUGUCGUUGAACAACCCGCCAAAUCAGCCAAAGCCGCCCGAUCUCGCCUGGCUGUACUCCUCGUUAUCAGUGAUGUCCUUCACGCGGAAAAGUUUCACCGCGAGGAUGGCGCAGUGCAAGGAAAGAUUCUCAACAAUCUAAAACCAUACAUUGAGAAUAUGGUAGAACUCGCGGCUCUGGCUGUACCGGGAAAGAAUUCAACAGCCGAGCAGCAGUUGAAAGCUGUCCUCAACUUCUGGGGCGCCAGUGCUUGUAUCAACGCUGGCGAUCUCAAGUCUAUUCGCGAGCGAGUGGACGAGGGUGUCGCGGUAGCGCAAGGCGCGACGCCGCAGCUCAAAAGAACACACGCGCUGCCCGACUGGUUUGGUGACAGGAGCGUCCCGUGGCACGAGCUAUCUGCAUCCUACAUGGUCGAGCCUCUGUUGAAGAAUCCUGAUCGUCCGAUACCUACGAAUGUGAUCAAUGCGACUCGAUUCGAGCAGAAACAGCCCUCGGAGCGUACACGAAAAUUGCUCGACAAUUACUUCGAAAACAUCGACCUACAGUAUGUACCAAACGCAGACAAUCCGACCGGCGAGACGAAGAAAUAUAAGCUUUGGCUCGAUUCAAUUGGCCAGCUGGUGAAACAGAACAAGGAGACCCAGGAAGUGACAACCGUUUGCAACGGCUACGGAUGGUCCACGAAGUUCUGUCAGGAGAUGCAAGAAAACGGGAUUCCUGACAGGGUUACGGAGCUCAGGGAAGGAUAUAAGGAGAAAGCUGCGCAGAAUCCUCGUGACAGUCGAUGGAAAUCACCCCCUCGCGACUAUGGGCGUAAUUCGCGAUCGCCUCGCCGUCGAUACUCGUACAGCUCGGACUCGCGCUCUCGAUCUCGCACACGCUCGCACUCGCGCUCGAGCUCAUAUGGCAAACAUGACCGCGACGAUCGAUCACGGUCCAGCGAGCGCCGCCGACGAUCCUCCCGUGACGAUGGCAGGAAGUCGAAUGGACGUCGCAGCCGGUAUGAUGACAAAGGACGUACAUCCCAAGACAACGUCAGCCGCAAGCGUCCGCAUGACAGGCAAUCGCGCUGGAUUGACAAUCAGAGCGACUUUUCUAAUACCAAACGCAACUACCCUAUACCAUCUACUCAGCAGCCAAGCUAUAGCGCACCAAAUGCGUAUCCUACACCAGGUGUUCGACAACAAGUUUUCCCCCCACCAUCAAUGUCGCAGCCACCACACAAUAUGUCUGGCUUUGUUCCACCUCCACCGCCUGCGCCUGCGCCUGGACAAUUUUCAGGGUUUUCAAUGCAUGGGUUUCCACCACCACCGCCUCCGCCUCAGCACUUUCAAAGUGCCGGCGUCCCACCGCCCCCUCCACCACCACCACCAAACUUCCAAGGGCCGUUCUAUGGCGCACAUCCUAAUACCGGAGGCUUUCCGAAUGAUACUUAUCAAUUUGGGAACAAUGCUCCACCAUAUCAAGGUAAUCUUGGCGGAUAUGCAGGGCAACCACAAGGCAACUUCCGCGGAAGCUUUCAGGGUGGACAAAGAGGUGGUUUUCGCGGUGGUUUCCAAGGGCAAGGACGUGGUCAGGGCAGGUAUUGA